AAAUCCUCAAGGUGACGUUAUCCAUUUACAUGCACGACAGGAACCAGCCUCUUCCGUUGUCAGACGAAGUUCUCGUGUGCCACACAGACACGACAAUUGAUGAGAUUGAAAUAUUCUGGCGUCGGGCAGUUUUUGCUGAUGGGAGAAAGAUUCAUUGUCUCGUAAAUGCCGAUAUUCUAAAUUACGACGUUGGCGAGGCCACGGAAAGGAUUUUGCACGACUUAAUUUUGGAAACAUACCAUAAAACCGAUCUGAAAUAUCGUAUGUUCAUCAUCUGUGGAUCGGACAAUGAAUAUCGGUGUCCGUUGGUGGCCUCAUUAGGCAAGUUUAUUCGACAAGUUCAGACAGUCCACCAAGAUGCGGUGAAGAAAUAUGUGGAAGAUAAAUUAGUGGUGCCCGUGAACAGGAUUCACUCUGUAUCGUGUGUCGACUUCAAACGAUGUUCUGCACGCCUUGUCUUGUCAACACGAGCCGGUGUUGGAAAAUCCUUAUAUGUACAGCGGCAGACUCAAGCCAUGAAACAAAAAUUCGCCAGAUCGAAAGUAGUUGACACAAACGUUGUAAAAAUACCUUUACAAGAGAAUCGAUGUGGCGUCAUCAACCCGUCGUGGUCAGAACUGCAAAACUUUGUCUGGUUUCUUAACACCCAACUUGUUGAUUACGAGAAUAAUCAGUUCAUAAGCAAUGCAGCCAGUGAAGACCUCCCUGGAUUUGCAACGUUUGUUCUUCGAUUUCUCAUGCAAAUGUCAAAGGAUUUUGCAACCCGUUCACUACACAUAAGUGAGGAAAGCCCGUCUACAUCUUUCUUGCAUGACGAAGAUGAAACGAUGGUAGACGAAGCAAUUCUUAAUAGACUUGCACUUCGGAGAACUUGGGAAAGCAGUCCGCACCCGUACCUGUUUUUCAACUCAGAUCACUUCACAUUCACGUUUUUGGGCUUUUUCAUUGAUAAAACCACUGGUAAUUUGAUUGACCUACAGACUUCACGCGUGCUUGAACAAGCUAUUAUGGCGCCGAAUCUAUACGAUGCCCUUGAUAGAAACAGAGUUCCUCUCCAAGAAAACUUUGAUAAUCUGCAACGAGACCAGAAGAUAUUGAAAUUGUGCAAUGUUAUGGGUAUCGGAGUACCACAUGAUCCAGACAGUACCUAUGAGCUAACAACGGACAAUGUCAAGAAAAUAUUGGCGAUCUAUAUGAGAUUUAGAAGUGACAUUCCUGUUGUUAUAAUGGGUGAGACCGGAUGUGGUAAAACACGACUGGUCAAGUUCAUGUGUGCCCUGCAGUGUCCACCAGGAGUAAACGUCAACAAUAUGAUUCUGAUGAAGGUGCAUGGUGGAACAAUUAAAGAAGAUAUUAAACGAAGUAUCACGAAAGCGGAAGAACAAGCCAGACAAAACGCUCGAAUAAUGGCUGAAUACAAAACGAAGAUAUACACUGUAUUGUUCUUUGAUGAAGCGAAUACCACGGAGGCGAUUGGACUCAUUAAAGAGGUCAUGUGUGACAAAUCUAUUUGUGGUGAACCACUGAAGUUCUACGAGAACCUAAAAGUUGUAGCAGCCUGUAACCCAUACAGAAAGCAUCCUGAUGAGCUAAUCCACAAACUGGAACAAGCUGGUCUUGGUUAUCAUGUUGACGCUGACGAAACAACCGACAAGCUGGGUCGAAUUCCAAUGAGGCGACUGGUUUAUAGAGUUCAACCGUUACCGCAGAGUUUGCUGCCUUUGGUUUGGGAUUUUGGACAAUUAAACACGGACGUGGAAAUUUUAUACGUCCGACAAAUGGUGAAAAGAUAUAUCGAUGAAGACACUCUUCCCGAUUCAAGAUCUUUAGUUGACGUUAUUAGCAGAAUUCUAAUAGAAUCACAACAGUUCAUGAGAGAACAAAAGGAUGAAUGCAGUUUUGUGUCUCUGAGGGAUGUACAAAGAGCGCUGCUGGUUAUGGCAUGGUUUUACGAGCAAGCGGAAAACAACGGGGUUCUUUUUGAGAUGAUGAACUCAAGGCUGUCCAACAAAUAUACAUUUGAAGCUCAAAAUAGCGAAGACGGAGACUACCAUGCAAAUGUGGGUCUAGAUAAGUUAACAAGAAGUCUAGUGCUCGCUCUUGGAGUAUGUUACCACGCUUGUUUAGGCACACCGAAGCGCCAAAGAUACAGAAAAAUGGUCACCAAAUGUUUUAGAAAUCCAUGUGUAUUAACAGGAGGGGCGGACCAAAUAGUAGAAGAAAUCGAAUGUUGCCAAGAUGUAUUCCUUGACAAUGUAUCACUUGACAACAAUAUUGCAAGAAACACGGCGUUGAAAGAAAACGUCUUCAUGAUGGUUGUUUGCAUCGAGUUGCGAAUACCACUGUUUCUUGUAGGCAAGCCCGGAAGUUCGAAAUCGCUCGCGAAAACAAUUGUGGCUGAUGCAAUGCAGGGCAAUUGUUCUAAAUUUAAGUUGUUCAAACAUUUCAAACAGGUACAGAUGGUUUCAUUCCAAUGCAGUCCGUUGGCCACUCCGGACGGUAUUGUAGGUACUUUCAGACAGUGUGCUCAGUUUCAAGAGGAUAAGGACUUGAAUACUUUUGUUUCCGUCGUUGUUUUGGACGAGGUCGGAUUGGCAGAGGACAGCCCUCGAAUGCCAUUGAAAACAUUGCACCCACUGUUGGAAGAUGGCUGCCAAGGGGAGGAAGUACCAAAACCAUUCAAAAAGGUGGCAUUCAUUGGCAUAUCAAAUUGGGCGCUCGAUCCAGCGAAAAUGAACAGAGGUAUAUUUGUCCAAAGGGAAGUGCCUGAAUUAGACGAACUAACGAAUAGCGCACAAGGCAUAUGCCAUCGUAACAAAGUUAUUCAGUCGUUAAUUAAGCCAUUUAUUGGGCCACUAUCUAGAGCUUAUCUGGACGUGUUCAAUGACGCUUCCAAGCAGAUGCGCGAAUUUUAUGGGCUUCGCGACUUUUACAGUCUUGUGAAAAUGGUUUGUGAUUUCGUCGAAAAAUCCAAACAACCACCAACAUGCUUUGAAAUGCGUCAUGCAAUCAAACGAAACUUCGGCGGACUUGAAAUGGUCAAUCCUGAGAUACAUUUUAAACGGCAUCUUCGUCAUGUGAUGACAUGCAGUGGAACUCACCGACUUCGUGACCCAGACUGUAGCCCAAAAGGAUUGAUUGAAGCAUGCCUUUUCAAUUCUGUUCAAUUUAAAGGAGAAAGUCGUUACCUGUUGUUACUCACCGAGAACUACGGGGCUUUAUCAAUCAUACAGCAACAAAUAUUUUCAAAACGAAGAGAAAUCAGGCCAAUAACGAUUUUUGGAAGUAGUUUCCGAAGUGACCAAGAAUACACCCAGGUUUGUCGAAACAUCAACCAGAUCAAAAUCUGUAUGGAGACGGGAAAUACCGUUUUGUUACUUAACUUGGAAAAUCUGUACGAAAGUCUGUACGACGCCUUGAACCAGUACUAUGUGUACUUCGGAGGUGUGCGUUACGUGGACCUUGGCCUAGGAACCCACAGAGUCAAAUGUCCCGUUCACCAAGAUUUCAGGCUAAUCGUCGUUGCUGAGAAGCAGAUAGUUUAUAAGAAGUUCCCGAUUCCACUGAUCAAUAGGCUCGAGAAGCACUUCUUGACAAUCAAUUCAAUUCUGGAUGAGAGACAGAUACACCUCGCAAAGAAAUUGCAGGAAUGGGCUCAUAUGUUUGCCACAGAAACUAAUGAUUCCAUACGUAUGAUACGAGGACCAACAUUGCGGCAUGCAGGAGAUGUAUUCAUUGGGUUUCACGAGGACACGUGCUCUGCAAUUAUAUUGCACGUUUUUGAAAAGAACAAACAUAACAAAAUUAAAGAUCAGGAUGUUAUAGAAGAAGGAAAGCAACUUUUGCUUUGGUGUGCUACGCCAGAAUCUUUGGUCUGUAACAGUCAACUUGACCAGGCUGAAAAAGACAGAAUGACCAAGUACUAUUACGAAAGACAGGCACACGAUAGCUUCAUUCACUAUCUGAAACAUGUGCUCGAGAAAGAGAAGUGCAAUGAACUAUUUGCUCAGCUGACAUGCCAUUCAAAACUUCUGGCUGGAAAUCACGUGAAAGAGAUAUUGAAAGAAGUUACAAUGUUUCGCAGAGUGGAAAUACUAUCUUUGUCGUUGUUUGACACUGAGCAACAGUUCAGUAUUCGAGUACAACAAGCCCUGACAGCAGCAACAAAAGAGGCUACAUUGCUGAUUAUUCAAUGUGAUUCCGGGGACGUUAAUGCUAAAUUGAUUGCUUGCGCAAGAUACUGUGUUAUGGGUGAGGUUGUAAAAAUACGAGACCACCAAAAUCCGUCGUUCUUUGUGGUGUUUAUUGUGCAAUUACCUAGAAAAGCUGGCGGAUGUUUUAGUGAUUUUCAGUGCGGAGAUUGGCAUUCGGCACACAUUGACGAUUUGUUUGUUGAAGAUGAUAGCAUGCCACCUAUAAACUAUCUGGAAAACAAGCGUAUUAGUGAUAUAUUUUCCGGUACUUUGACACAUCAGCAUCCAGGACCUGUGGACACCAAACAUGUGAUGGGUACAUUAAAAACUCUUCAAGGUGUUUCCGACGAGCGUAUUGAUAUACGAAACAAAUCAGAAACCAUGGAAAUAGAAAUUUACUCACGAGACAGGGAUCGAUCGAUUGAAAUUAAUGACAUUUCGAUUCCUAAAGCACCGAGUCUUUAUUCAAUGCAACAUGCCACUUACAUGUGGGGAUUGGUUAGACAUUGUGUUCAACCAGCCUUGUCAAUGGUGAAAGAUUUACCGAAUACUGAACCAAGGGAAACCAAACGAGUUGACAUUGUUCUACGUGCAUUGCCCGAAUGCUCCAGCGAUAUGGAAAUCACCCACAAAGCUUUCUUUACUAAUGGACUCGUGGUGUGGAUUGUGAAACUAUUCAAAGAAAAAGAACGUGAAACAGGAUUUCUCUCUGAUCAAUGGUUGAUACGACAUGCGGCUGCAAUGAGAAAUAUCAAUAAGAAUGGAACACUGAGGAGAUCAUGCUACAAUACAAUCGUUUCAAAAGUCGCGCCAGUUUUUGCCGGUGUAUUUGCCUUUCUUGACACAAACAGCAACAUGGAUUUAAUAGAGUGCGAUAUUCCUUGGAAACGCGAACUAUGGCUCAAUUGCUUGAGUCUUACAAAUGUACUUCCACUUAAGUACACCGACUGUCAGUCGCUGGCGGGCGCAGAUGAACUAAAAGAAUUGCUGGUGAAAGGUACAGGGUUUGAAGGACAUGGCUUCAAACUUCGAUUGCCAUUUUCGUGGGUUGUGAUAGAUGUGGUCGACGAGUUAGUUAGGGAAAUUGUUAUCGAUACAGCUGAAGUGAAAGAAAUGAUAAACAAAUGCGUAACAGCUCUCAAAGCGUCCCCUGUAAGACAGUUAUUGUCUCAAUUUAGCAGCAGCACAGCGCCGGAUCCGCGUGAAAUAUUGCAAGAAUAUAUUUACGACUUUGUGCAAACCGUUUACAACGCUGGCACGGAUUCAGAGCUAAAUAUUGUGUGCGAGCAGAUCAUGUCGAGAUCGAUCAGCGUUGCCAAUGAAAUAGGCGGAAGUAAUGAUCUGAUUUGCCACGUUAUUUGCUGUCGCUUUGCAUACGAAGAAAUGUCGUUUAAGCUGACGUUUUUCCGAAGUAUCAAUAAUGUGUGGCCGUCUUGCAGCUCCAAAAUAGUUGAAAUCAGAAAUAUCACACCAGACCAUUUUAUGUUUAAAGAGCACGAAUUUACAUACUCAGCCUUAUGCAUGCUUCUUGAAGAACUCACUCCUAAACCAAAGGAGCUUGACAAAACAACAUCGCGUCAAGACUGGAUCAGUAAAGUGUACACAUAUCGUCACGUCGUCGAAACCAUGUUAAACACCAAGCAGAACGAUGCUCGUUACGGUUUGCACAGUGAGAACACAAUAAGGAGAGCUAGGUAA